UACAAAUUUCAUGUAAGUAUAGGUCAACAAAGAUUAAACGUCAAAACAGAAUUCUGUUUCUAGAACUGCUAAAUAUAAAUUUGAUAACAAUUGGUCUUUCCGCCUAUAGGUAUUAAAUCUCCUUUGAAAGUGUUUGAUUGACACCUGUUACCCGCCAUAUAUACCUGGCCAGGUAAACGAUUGGAUAAAUUGUGCUCCUUGAUCAAUUACUUGAUGUUACAUUUUCCUAGUGCUGUUUAAUAUUAACCAUAAUGCCGCCUACUGCUGAAUCUGUGCUACUGCAAAGAAGACCGGUGUCAGGGCAGAAUAGGAUAACCUCACAGUUUCUGCCCCAUGCCCCCCCUUCAGACCGUCCCUCCAGUUCUCAUUACAACCGGUGUCUGAAGAGAGAUACAGUAAAAAUGCGUAUGAAGAUGAGUGAGGACUCAGAAGGAGAACUUGUCAAUGGUUCCGAUUUGGAUGUGAGAUUCCAGUUUUUCUACAAAGAACCCUGUCUCUACAGCCAUCAGACCUACAAUAAUGCCAGCAAAAUUUUCUCGACUCUGAGACAUGAGAGUCUGGAAGAAAGAGAGAACCCAUAUCUCAAAAAGAGGAAUAAGGUUGCUCUAUCAGAGAGGGAGAUACCCCAACUUCACUUCUCAAAUGACCAGGACAAAAGACUGGCCUUUGAACUGGCAUUUUCCACCCUCAAAUAUCAGCUGUUGUUUGAAGAGAUACUGCAGGACUGUGCUUUCUUCUCCUCCUACCCAGAGUUUGUGGAGGACAGUGGCCUUGUGAUGGUGAUGUUGUGUGAUUUUCAAGGUCGAAAAUUUCAACAGAGAACCCCCCUUCCCGGAGAAACAACCCUUCCUGACCUCCUAGAUAUAGAACAGGCCAUUCUGGAAUGUAAGACCCACCUAAAUGCUGCACUGGCCCGACACAGAAUUAAGGCUGAGGCCCCCUCCCUGGACCAUCUCCUCCCAGACACAGUGAGGAGCAAGGAGGAGUUGAGGACCACAAUGCCAGUGUAUGGCUGGGUCAACCACAGGAGAUCAAAUAUGUCUGAGGUGCUAGAUGCCUUAAAAGAUGACCGCUACAGACUUGUCAGUUCUGAUGAGGCCCUGGAGGGGAAGAUGUUCUGUGUGGACUCCCUGUGUCACGAUGUACUGAUGUUCUCACCAGAGUGUGCCAACGACCUGGUCCAGAAUUACCUUGUAACCACUGGAAAGUUAGUCCUACAGGAUAAGUCUAGCAGUAUUGCCCCCCACUCAGUGAAGUACCUGGUUGGGGAGGAUGCAGACAUAAUUCAUGUCAAUGUCGGAUCUGGAAUGACCACUGCUCACAUUGCCAGUCUGUUAGAGGCAGACAACCAUAGCCAUAUAUGGGCAUUCGGUGCUAAAAACCCCACAGAGGUCAGGGGCAAUAUGGAGAAACUUGGGGUUAAAGGUGUUAAAGUAAUGACAGAAAACUUCCUGGAUAUAGAACCUGAUGACAACAGAUUUAAGAAUGCUAAAGUCAUUCUCAUCACCGCUGACUGCAGUAAAUCAGGCAUUGCAAACCCUAUAGACUUUAUUGUCAAUGAGGGGGAAGAUAUGAAAAUUUUGAAGGAUUUGUCUAUUGGAGAUACAGGCCUCAGCAAACUGGGAGAUCUGACAGCAAAACAUACAGAGCUUCUAAAACAUGCCCUAAAAUUUUCAAAGGUACAAGCAGUAGUGUACACCACCCGCUCCGUUCAUGACGUGGAGAAUGAAAAUGUUGUAUCCAAGGCUGUGGAGUAUAUUAAUUUGGUCCAGCAGAGAAAAUACCCAUACAGAGUUGUCCCCCCUGUUAUACCCUUCUCUAGUGAAGCAAUAGACAAUAAAAUAGGAAUUCAUGGGAAGUUUAUUAAAUUUCGCCCAACAGAGAAAACAAGUGGCUGCUUCAUUGCUGUAGUAACCAGAGAGCCUGAAGAUUCUAAGGAAGCAGCCAAAGAUGUUCUUGCCAGAGCUCAAGCUAAAGGACUACUAAGUGGUAAGAAACGAAACAAGACGCAAGUGAUGGAGGGAGGCCAGGAGAAUGGGGAAGCUAGUAACCUUGUUAACGGACACACAAAGUCAGAGAAACUUCUGACAAGGCGCUCCAGGAGAUCAGAACAGAAGCUCCCCCCUCGCAGUGCUGUGUCCGCCCCUCAUGCUACAAGUCCUAUCCAUAAUUACAUUCACUCCCCCCUCCAGGCACGCCGGAGUGUGCCCCGCCCCAGUGGGGUUGCCGUGGGGACACGACUUUAUAAGGAUGCCUCCAAACGAGAGCCCUCAGUAAGGAGAGAUAAGGUGCUUGUUGCAGAGCACCUAAAAAUCGUCAAACAUCCAGCCCCGUUCAGGUGAAUAAUUUUGUGUUGGAUGGUGUUUAAGUUGUUGUCUAACAGAAAUUACAAAAUCACAGUCUGCUUUUAUGUGCAUGAACUUUGCAAUUGUCAUGUUUAAGUUUAUAUGUAAAUGUUAUGUACUUGUCUUGGCCAUAAAAAGGCCUAAAGUUUAUGUAUCAAGUCACUGAAUGAAUUCCUUAUUUCUGUUACAUGGGUAAAUAAAAAACAUGGGGUAUAAAAAUAUUUUUGCAAUAAUUGUGAACUAGUCAGUAUUAUGAUAUUUCUACCUGUUAUAUGGUGCUAUUGGGUACAUUCAGCAGUCACCAGUUUUUAUGUUACUGUCUCACUGUUUUACUUCAAAAUGUGUGUCUUUGAUUAAAGAUUGUGAAGUCUAAUGGUAUUUUUGUUUCACAAAGAUGCACAAUUUAUUUCAUGUGUAAUAACUUAUUUGUGCUAAAUCUGUUUUCACAAUGUUCACUAAUUAAUUUUGUGAUUUUCACAGCAAAAGUAACAAGCAUGGUCAGGUAAUAAAAUAAUAUUGUGCAUGAAAACAAAAGCUGCAUUGUUAAUUAAGCUUUUUAAAAUGGCUUGCAACUGAUAAUGUACCUUUGUAUAAAGAUCUGUCAUAUUUGUAAAAUACAUUGUCUUUGAUUAUGAACUAUGUUAUAUCUUUUUAAUUUUAAAUUCUGGAAGCAUUACAUCAGUGCUGCACUCCUUGCACUUUGAACUGUCUGCUUUCAGUAUUCAUGAAGCUUUCCAUUCUUUGCCUUACAAUACUUGAUUAAUGAUUAUAUUACUGAAUUUUACAAUUUUAUUGAUUUUUUGUCAGUUUGAAAAUUGAAAUGCAUUUUUAAAAUAAUUUUUCCUUUCACAACAGUCGUAAAAAGCACAAGAAGUCUAAGAAGACCAGGUAAGCUUUGUAGCCUACAGGAAGAACCCUGACAUUGCAUGACCCUGAAUGAUCUAGACAUCCAGAACUGUUUGAUAGCAUAAGUAUCCACUUUGUACAUAGGGGGUAGAUAUGCGAGGAAAAGUCCUGCAUUGUAGUGCAUUUGUAUUGCAGCAUGUUAAAAUGAUACAUUAUUACCUGUCCUUUUUACAAAGCCAGUUUUGUGCAUACACUGCAGGAGACCAGCUCUUAAUGCAAGAGCACCUGUCAUCUCAUAAUUAUCAGACACAAUCAGGCAAGACAAACAACUUUAUCAAGGUUUUAAAUUAAUGUUGGUUUAAGGCAUGCUUUUUUCCCUGUCAGGUUCAUUUUUAAUUGACCAGAAUGUUUGGGGCUCUCACUGAGAUUGCAUUGUUCAUGUCCAAACAUUGUUCUUUUAAAAUUCUGUGUGGUGUAUGCUGUCUUUGUGUUGACUGGAAAAUCAUUUUCAGUACCUGGUAUACUUAAUAUGUUAUUGUUCGUGUGCAUCUAUGACUUUGAAUAUUUAAUCUUAGGGUGCCUAGCAAUCAGAUAUGUUUAAACAAUUCCAUUUGUACAAAUUUCGUUCUUCUAGUAAUGUGACCUUAUUAGGGGAUUAAAUCAAUACAUCUUUUUCAUAUUUCCAUUAAUUACUCAAAGGUAUUUAGAAAGUUAUUGAAUCUGUCCAGUCACACAGGAGAAAUCAAUUGUGCAAUGUCAAUGUACAAUGCUGAGAGUGGUAAAGUGCCAUAAAAUGUGUUGCUUUUAUUUUAUGAAUGUAUAAACUGAGAUUAGCCAAUAUUUAUGUAAUGUGCACUGACGUUUUAGCCUUAGACAAUAUUAGUGCAAUUGUUUCCUCCCCUGCCAGGCCUCAGAGAUGCUAAGGUUAUCUUUCAUGUUGUAUAUAGCAUAUUUAUACACAUCUGUGAUAUCUAUGUGAAUAUGUAUUGUUUUUCUGUUAUUGAUAGAAAUAAAUGGUUACGAUAUUACA